GGGGCGUACCCGGGGCCGGUGACGUCAGGCGGCGGAGUAUCACGGUGCGGAGUGAGUUCGCAGUAGCAUUCCGCCGGCGGAGUUAUCAGUGAGGAGUUUGUCGGUGUUCUGUCCGCUAUGAGGGGCCCGGGGCUCCUGUGCGGGGCUGUGCUGUUGUCUGUCUGCGUUCUAGCUGUGACUGGUGCCUUUCAGAACACCCAAGGUCAUCUUACGGAGACAACGACAAAGCAACAAAAACUAAGCCAAAAUACAACCAAAGGAGGACGAAGGUUUAUUGGCAAGGAUGGCUCGUUUGACAAUAUUACUGGCAAAUAUGGAUAUACAGUGGAUGACUUUGCCAAAAAAGUUUUAACGGGUGGCUUAACGAGAGUCUUCCUUCCUUUGGUGUAUAUCAUUGUGUUUGCAGUUGGUUUGCCCAGCAAUGCCAUUGCAUUAUGGGUCUUUCUUUUCCGCACCAAAAAGAAACACCCAGCUGUGAUCUAUAUGGCCAACUUGGCAGUGGCCGAUUUGAUGUUUGUCAUCUGGAUUCCACUCAAGAUUUCCUAUCACCUGAAUGGCAACAACUGGAUUUAUGGGGAAGGCCUAUGCAAAGUCCUUGUGGGAUUUUUCUAUGGGAACAUGUACUGUUCAAUCCUAUUCAUCACCUGUUUGAGCGUUCAGCGGUACUGGGUCAUUGUAAAUCCCAUUUCUCACACCCGGAAAAAGACUAAACUUGCCUUUAUUGUUUCGGCCACAAUAUGGGUGGUCAUUCUUCUCAGCACCAUUCCAUUGUAUCUGGCUGAACAAACUGUAUACGUCAGCAAUGUUAAUAUCACAACAUGUCAUGAUGUCCUGCCACUCAGUGUUCUAGCCUCAGACAUGUUCAACUACUUCCUCUCUCUUGCCAUCGGGCUUUUCUUCUUCCCAGCAGUCUUAAUCACUGUGGCCUAUGUUGUGAUUAUCAGAACGUUAAAUGCUUCCAUUACAGAUGAAAACAUUGGUAAAAAGAGGAAGAAAGCCAUUGUGCUCAUCAUUCUUGUGCUCAUUAUGUGUCUUGUGUGUUUCUUGCCCAGUAACAUUCUGUUGCUGGUGAACUUUGCCACUAUUAAGGAGAACCAUGUUGGUGACACCUACGCCUUCUAUAUUGUGGCCCUGUGCUUUUCCUCACUGAACAGCUGUAUCGACCCCUUUGUCUACUACUUUGUGUCCAAAGACUUCAGAGACAAUGUUAAGAACACUUUCCUCUGCAGAAGCGUCAGGACUGUGGAAAGGAUGCAGAUCUCAUUUAGCUCUAUGAAGUAUUCCAGAAAGAACACCUACACCUCCAGCUCCAGCAACACAAAAACCAGUACCUGCUAGGUGAUGUUCUUAUAACAACGAAGAGUCAAUGGACCUAAGACUUGUGUCUAGAAGCCUAUGGAAAUGUAUGCCAUUUAUUUGCUGUGUGAGGAUGCUGGCUCUUCCAGCACAGAAAAUGUGGACAUUUGUGAAAAAAGGAUAAAUCCACAUUUCGAUAACUUUUUCACUUCUAAUGUAGGAAGUGUUGGGAACUGUGUUCUGUGAAUAUUUGUAAAGACACUUUAUGUUC